AUGGUGGUAAGCUUCAAGGGUUGCUACACAGUGAAGCCAGCAGAGGCAACAUGGAACGGCCCACUACCCUUAUCAGAAUUGGAUCAACUUGGCACCGUAACUCAUGUUCCCACAAUCUAUUUCUACCGCCCGGCACUAAACUGGCUUUCACCACCUGACACCAUUACCAACACCCUUAGAGUUUCAUUGAGUAGGGCAUUGGUGCCUUUCUAUCCUCUAGCAGGCCGCCUGCGGUCGAUUGGCGGAGGCCGUCUCAAGCUUGAUUGCAAUGCCGAGGGGGUUAUCUUCUUUGAAGCAGAAUAUGAGGCGAAACUAGACAACAUCGACCACUUCUCUCAAUCUCAAGAGUAUCAUUCCCUUUUCCCAAGUGUAGACUACAACAUCCCAACUCAUGAAUUGCCAAUAAUGUUGGUGCAACUCACCAAGUUCAAGUGUGGGGGCAUUAGCCUCAGCCUAAUGAUAUCACAUGCUAUUGUUGACGGGCCAAGCGCCUUGCACUUCAUUUCUGAGUGGGCUAGGCUUGCUCGGGGGGAGCCAUUAGGGAUGGCGCCAUUUCUUGACCGUAAACUUUUGCGAGCUGGGGAACCCCAGCCGCAGAUUGCUCCCGACCUCGACAACUCAGAGUACAACCCUCUGCCGGUCUUGCUGGGGCAUUCAAAUAGCAUAGAGGAGGGAAAGAAGGAGAAGACAGUGGUCAUGCUAAAGCUUUCCAAAACCCACGUUGGAAAGCUCAAGAACAUGGCAAACGACGGUAAAAGUAAUGAUAGCGGCCGUACUUACACUCGGUUCGAGACAGUGGCAGGACAUAUAUGGAGAUGUGCAUGCAAGGCACGUGAACUCAAAGAUGAACAGCCUACGGCAGUAGCUAUUUCUGUUGAUUCCAGGAACCGCAUGAAUCCGCCGCUGCCACAAGGGUAUCUCGGCAGUGCAAUCCUUAAUGUUAUUGCUAGGAGCCAUAUGGAGGAGUUGAUGAACAAGCCAUUAGGCUAUGCUUCGAGCUGGAUAAGACAAGCUAUCGACAAAGUGACGGAUACAUAUGUGAAGUCAACUAUUGAAUUUUUUAGAAAUCAGCAGGACUUGACUCGGUUUCAAGCAACCGAAGAGCCUUUCAUCGGAAACCCAAAUGUUGAGGUAGUGAGCUGGUUGACGCUGCCAACCUACAACCUUGACUUUGGAUGGGGGAACGAGAUCUACAUGGGGCCAGGAGCGCAUGAUAUUGAUGGAAAUUCAUUUAUCCUUCAGAGUCCUGAUGGAGAUGGAUCUUUGAUGGUGAUGUUGUGUCUGCAAGUGGCUCAUAUGGAUGCAUUUAAAAGGCACUUCUAUGAAGAUAUCAUAUAA